AUAGAACUUCCACAAAUGCAAAACUUGGAACGAAAUUAUGGCUUCCAAGUCUUCUUCCUCUUCUCAUUUGUCUAAGCAAAAAGCGUUUCUCAUUCUCUCACUCUUCUCCAUAGGCCUCUUGCUCUCUCUGCUUUCAAUGAAGCCAAAAAGAGUCUCCAAUGUCACAAGCAAAUUUGAGGUAGAUAAAAGAAAGCCUUCUUGGUUUGAAGUCAUAGAGAAAAACUAUGCUAGCAAGAGGAUCAAUGUAGGUCUAGUUAAUGUUGAUACAAGAGUAGAUGGUGGUCUAUAUGAGCAGCUACAUGCACUACACCCACAAGUGGAAAUAGUGUCCGUUGAUUUUGAUCAUGUUGAUGAGAGCUUGAAAUGGAAAGACUUUUUCCCUGUGUGGAUUGAUGAAGAUAAAAAAUGGGGUGGUCCAAAGUGCCCUGAUUUGCCAAUGCCAACUUGGGAAGAGUACCGAGAUCUCAAUGUGGUGGUGGCAACAGUUCCAUGUGGAAAAAGGGAUGUGUUUAAGUUGCAAGUUAAUUUGGUGGUGGCUAAUUUGGCAGUGGAUAGUGGAUGGGUGAAUAAUUUGGAUGCUUAUGAACCUGUAUAUGUUGUGUUUAUUGGGUCAUGUGAUCCCAUGAUGGAUAUUUUCAAGUGUGAUGACCUUUUGUUGCAUCAACCAGGUGAGUAUUGGGUGUACAAGCCUGAUUUGUUCAGCCUCAGAAACAAAAUGCUUAUGCCUGUUGGUUCCUGCCUGAUUGCUCCUGGCUAUGCAGAAACGGGUAAGGAGGUAAUUAGGAGGGGCUAUAUGUCACAAUCACCAGCGACAUUGAAUUACAAUUACACCAUUUCAAAAUUAGCCUAUGUGACAGUUCUCCACUCUUCAGAAGCUUAUGUGUGUGGUGCAAUAGCUCUAGCACAAAGCAUCCUUCAACACAACAACAACAACAACAACUACACCAAAUUAGACCUACUCCUCCUUGCUGAUGAAUCCAUUGGUUACAAAUCUAUAAGGGGUCUAAAAGCUGCAGGGUGGAAGAUCAAACGCAUCAAACGUAUCUUAAACCCCUAUGCCCAAAAGGGUUCAUACAACGAGUGGAACUAUAGCAGGUUACGUAUAUGGCAACUCACCAUGUAUGACAAAAUCAUUUUCCUAGAUGCUGAUCUUCUAGUUUUGAAGAGCAUUGAUGGUCUCUUUGCUUACCCUCAAUUAUCUGCUUCACCUAAUGACUUCUCCUUGUUCAACUCGGGGUUAAUGGUCAUUGAACCAUCCACGUGUAUGUUUGAGGACUUGAUGAAGAAAAGUUUGGAGGUGAAAUCAUACAAUGGUGGUGACCAAGGUUUGGUCAACGAGGUGUUCACGUGGUGGCACAGGUUGCCAACAAAAGUAAACUACUUGAAGAGUUUUGAAGAGAGAGAAGGGAAUGAUGUGAAGGAGGAGAUUCCUGAGGACUUGUAUGUGAUGCAUUACUUGGGUUUGAAGCUGUGGAUGUGUUAUAGAGAUUAUGACUGUAACUGGGACAUGAAUGAACUUCAUGUUUUUGCUAGUGACUUGGCUCACCACAUGUGGUGGCAGGUUUAUGAUGCCAUGCCCAAAGAGUUGAAAUCCUAUUGUGGACUUACUGAGAAGAUGGAUGAGAGGAUAGUGCAAAGGAGAAGAAGAGCAAGAAGUGCCAAUUUGUCUGAUGGGCAUUGGAAGAUUGAGGUUAAGGAUCCUAGAAGGACACAUUAUGAGGAUUUGAAUUAUAGUAGGGAGUGACUAUAUGAGCAUGCAUGUGUGUGAGGUCAUUUGGGACUAAUUAAACUCGAGGUUUCUGGCAAGAGCUUUAGCAAUAGCAUCUGGCCUAGCUAUCAUGUUAGAAUUAAGUCAAUUUAAUUAAUAUACAUAAUUAAAACUAUGUAAAAAAUAAACAUUUUCUUACAUUUCAUUUGAUUUGCAUGUUUUUAUAUUCAAAAUAGUCCUGAAAAGAUUUUGUCAUCAAAUACUUGAUGUAAUUAUAUACUCA